CUAUCCCUCUUCCGCCCUGAUGCCCUUGUAGCUAUGGAAACUCGUCAAUGGCAACAUCCACCAGCCUGUUCACGCGUUUUGACCAGGGGCACUGAGUGUGAUAGGUAGCUAGCUGUGCCAGAAUUACCAGUACAUUACCGAGGUUUCAAGAUGGCGUUACAACGACUGACGGCUUUGUUAAUCCUUUACUCGAUUCUCGGCUACAUUCCAUCACUUGGGGUAAUCCUCCGAACCACAGACAAGACUGUGUGGGCAAAUGAAUUUGAACCUAUUGAGUUGACCUGCUUGAUAGAGUCCAUCUCAACAAACAACCCCAGAAUCGAAUGGAAGAAAAUCAAAAACGGCAUCCCUAGUUAUGUUUACUUUCAAAAUCAAAUUUCGGGGGACUUGGAGCACAGAGCCCAGCUGAUCCAGCCAGCCAACCUACUGAUCCUCAACACCAGCCGUACAGACACUGCAGAGUACCGCUGUGAGGUCGCUGCCAUUGAUGACCACAAACACUUUGAUGAAAUUCUAAUCAGUCUUGCUGUCAGGGUAAAGCCUGUGGUGCCCAGGUGCAGUGUGCCUGUGGCGGUGACUGUUGGCACGUCCUCUGAGCUGCGCUGCCUGGAGAACGAGGGCUUCCCUGCCUCAGUGUACCGCUGGUUCCACAACAACGAGGAGCUUCCCCAGGACCCAAAGAGCAGCCCCAAGUUUAUCAACUCCACCUACUCCCUUAACGCUGACACAGGUGGUCUGAAAUUCCGCCGGAUGAGGAAGGAGGAUGCGGGGGAGUAUUACUGCCAGGCAAAGAAUGAAGCUGGACAUGCACAGUGUACCGCACAGCUGAUGGAAGUGUAUGAUGUUGACAUCGUGGGGAUUUUUCUGAAGGUGUUGGCGGCAUUGGCCGGAUUCAUAAUUGUGAUGGUGGCAGUUUGUCAUGCACACAAACAUGGCUGCUUCUCCUCCGGCAAGGAUCACACAGGAACCAACUACAAACUUCCAGCGCAGGAUGAUGGUGUUGACUAUGCCGAAGCAGAUGAGGGUCACUUCCGCCACAAAUCAUCAUUUAUUAUUUGACAUCUGAGACAGAAGACCGUCAAGAGGGGACACACUGAAGAGGAGAAACACUGAAGUCAAAAGCGCAUCAAAUCCCACAAUGGGGCUUCGUGUGAGAAAUUUGAGCUGUAACAUUGCACAUUAUUUUCUGGUGCGCAUCAACAAUGAACCUACAAGCGUGCCAAAGUUAUCAUCAUGAAAAAUAUCAAUCAUUAUUUCAAUAUUGCUUUCUGAUAGGCAAUUGCAACGUCAUGUCCCUGUUAGUACACUUCUUUUUUUUUUGCAGCACAAAUAUGUUUUGUCCUCAGUCAUUACUGUAACUACAACUACAGUACGAUUUUAAAGCUUUGACUUUUGAACUUCCACCAGCAUGUUCAUCUCAAUUGAUGCUGGAACAUUCCCCCCUACUGUUUUUGGACAAACAAUGAUUUUUUACUUCCUAAAAUGUCUACAAAAUACACCAAACUUGUUUGACAAAAACAGUCUUGCAUAACCUCUGAAUGCAAGCUUGACUGGUUUAUGUUAAUAUGAAGGAAGGUUGUGUCAAUAUUUGUGUAUAUACUGUAUACAUACAGACAAUGAGUGGGGCAUGUAUAAAAAGCUGAUGAAAUCUGUUACAUGCAGAGUCAAGGGGCACAAGGAAACAGUCUGUUGUGCUUAAUAAAGCCAACUAACUUUAUUCUCUGCGUUCAGAAUAACAGAAACAUAUUACAGUUAUACAAUAUAAUCCCAGUAUAAUGCUGCAAUUUAAGAUGUAUUAUUAUGAUUAGAUCAAGUAAUUAUGAUUUUUUUUCAGAGUGCCGUUUCUGUGUAUAAGUGACCUUCUGUGCUUACUAAUUACCUACUUUAUGAGUAUUGGACAUAUUGUCCAGUUUUGACUCACAAUUAACUGUAUUUUCUUUAUGGACACAAUAUACAAUAUUAAUGGAUGUACAGGCAAUACAACUUUGUUAGAAACAAAUGUCUACACAUACAUUUUUAUCAGUAACAAUACAUCAUAAGUAUUAAACAAUGUUUCAAAUUGAAAUUGUUAAAAAUGACUUUUUGAAACAUUAUUGAUAUGGUUAUUUUUUCAUUGGUAUUCUUUGUUUGUAAAAUAACACUACUCAGGAACUGUUGCAAAAUCUUAAUUGUUCAUUCGUUGUAGUGCAAGUAAUGGAUACUGUUAUAUGUUUACUUCAUUUUGUCAAUAAAGACAUAACAUAAGUAACUGUA